AUGGCCUCACCCACUCAUGAGUAUAGUUUUAUGACAUUCAAGAAAUGCCCCAAAUCUCAAUGGCAGUUCAGCAUUCCUCUGCUGGCCCUCAGGCACUCUUCUGAAGCUCCUGCUAUUGACCACACUUGCUUUGCCCAAGAGCUGCAGAACCGGUCCUUACAAGAGGAAGGCGGCAGGGCGGGCGCGGAGAGCGGCGCGGCCGGGCCCGACGACGGGGGGGUGUCCGCGGCCUCCUCCGGCUCGGCCCCGGCUGCCUCAGUCCCUGCGGCCUCAGUGGGCCCCGGAGUUCCCGGGGGGGCGGUAUCGACUCCGGCCCCAGCUCCAGCCUCGGCUCCCGCUCCGGGUCCGUCGGCGGGGCCGCCUCCUGGACCGCCAGCCUCGCUCCUGGACACCUGCGCCGUGUGUCAGCAGAGCUUGCAGAGCCGGCGUGAGGCGGAGCCCAAGCUGCUGCCCUGCCUUCACUCCUUCUGCCUGCGCUGCCUGCCCGAGCCGGAGCGCCAGCUCAGCGUGCCCAUCCCGGGGGGCAGCAACGGCGACAUCCAGCAAGUUGGUGUAAUACGGUGCCCAGUAUGCCGCCAAGAAUGCAGACAGAUAGACCUUGUGGAUAAUUAUUUUGUGAAAGAUACAUCUGAAGCUCCUAGCAGUUCUGAUGAGAAAUCAGAACAGGUAUGUACUAGUUGUGAAGACAAUGCAAGUGCAGUUGGCUUUUGUGUAGAAUGUGGAGAGUGGCUAUGUAAGACAUGUAUUGAAGCACAUCAAAGAGUAAAAUUCACUAAAGAUCACUUGAUCAGGAAGAAAGAAGAUGUCUCAGAAUCUGUUGGAGCAUCUGGUCAGCGCCCUGUUUUCUGCCCUGUACACAAACAAGAACAAUUGAAGCUUUUCUGUGAAACAUGUGAUAGAUUGACAUGUAGAGACUGUCAGCUAUUGGAACACAAAGAACAUAGAUACCAGUUUUUGGAAGAAGCUUUUCAAAACCAGAAAGGUGCAAUUGAGAAUCUACUGGCUAAGCUUCUUGAGAAGAAGAAUUAUGUUCAUUUUGCAGCUACUCAGGUGCAGAAUAGGAUAAAAGAAGUAAAUGAGACUAACAAACGAGUAGAACAGGAAAUUAAAGUGGCCAUUUUCACCCUUAUCAAUGAAAUUAAUAAGAAAGGAAAAUCUCUCUUACAACAGCUAGAGAAUGUUACAAAAGAAAGACAGAUGAAGUUACUGCAGCAGCAGAACGACAUCACGGGCCUCUCCCGGCAGGUGAAGCAUGUUAUGAACUUUACAAACUGGGCAAUUGCGAGUGGCAGCAGCACAGCACUACUGUACAGCAAGCGACUGAUUACUUUUCAGUUGCGCCAUAUUUUGAAAGCACGGUGUGAUCCUGUGCCUGCUGCUAAUGGAGCAAUUCGUUUCCAUUGUGAUCCCACCUUCUGGGCAAAGAAUGUAGUCAAUUUAGGUAAUCUAGUAAUAGAGAGUAAACCAGCUCCUGGUUAUACUCCUAAUGUUGUAGUUGGGCAAGUUCCUCCAGGGACAAACCACAUUAGUAAAACCCCUGGACAGAUUAACUUAGCACAGCUUCGACUCCAGCACAUGCAACAACAAGUGUAUGCACAGAAACAUCAGCAGUUGCAACAGAUGAGAAUGCAGCAACCACCUGCACCUGUAUCAACAACAACAACAACAACACAGCAGCACCCUAGACAAGCAGCCCCACAGAUGUUACAGCAACAGCCUCCGAGAUUGAUCAGUGUGCAAACAAUGCAAAGAGGCAACAUGAACUGUGGAGCUUUCCAAGCCCAUCAGAUGAGAUUGGCUCAGAAUGCUGCCCGAAUACCAGGGAUACCCAGGCACAGCGGCCCUCAGUAUUCCAUGAUGCAGCCACACCUCCAAAGACAACACUCAAACCCAGGGCAUGCUGGACCCUUUCCUGUUGUGUCGGUGCACAACACCACAAUCAAUCCAACCAGCCCUACUACAGCUACGAUGGCAAAUGCAAAUCGAGGUCCCACGAGCCCAUCUGUUACAGCAAUAGAGCUAAUCCCCUCAGUCACCAAUCCUGAAAACCUUCCAUCACUGCCAGAUAUUCCACCCAUACAGUUGUUUUUUAUUAGCUGUGGGUCAUCAGGAAGAACUGCUGAGAAGACAAGUCUUAGUUUUAAGUCUGAUCAAGUGAAGGUCAAGCAAGAACCUGGGACUGAAGAUGAAAUAUGUAGCUUUUCAGGAGCUGUUAAACAAGAAAAGACAGAGGAUGGCAGGAGGAGUGCCUGCAUGUUGAGCAGUCCUGAGAGUAGCUUGACACCACCUCUUUCAACCAACCUGCAUCUAGAGAGUGAGUUGGAUGCAUUAGCAAGCCUGGAAAACCAUGUGAAAACUGAACCUGCAGAUACAAAUGAAAGCUGCAAACAGUCAGGGCUCAGCAGUCUUGUUAAUGGAAAGUCCCCAAUUCGAAGCCUCGUACACAGGUCGUCAAGGAUUGGAGGAGAUGGCAAUAGCAAAGAUGAUGACCCAAAUGAAGACUGGUGUGCUGUCUGCCAAAAUGGAGGGGAUCUGUUAUGCUGUGAAAAAUGUCCAAAGGUCUUUCAUCUAACUUGUCAUGUUCCAACACUUCUUAGCUUUCCAAGUGGGGAAUGGAUAUGCACAUUUUGCAGAGAUAUUGGGAAACCAGAAGUUGAAUAUGAUUGUGAUAAUUUGCAACAUAGUAAGAAGGGGAAAACUGCACAAGGGUUAAGCCCCGUGGACCAAAGGAAAUGUGAACGUCUUCUGCUUUACCUCUAUUGCCAUGAAUUAAGUAUUGAAUUCCAGGAGCCAGUUCCUGCUUCGAUACCAAACUACUAUAAAAUUAUAAAGAAACCAAUGGAUUUAUCCACCGUGAAAAAGAAGCUUCAGAAAAAACAUUCCCAACACUACCAAAUCCCAGAUGACUUUGUGGCUGAUGUCCGUUUGAUCUUCAAGAACUGUGAAAGGUUUAAUGAAAUGAUGAAAGUUGUUCAAGUUUAUGCAGAAACACAAGAGAUUAAUUUGAAGGCUGAUUCAGAAGUAGCUCAGGCAGGGAAAGCAGUUGCAUUGUACUUUGAAGAUAAACUCACAGAGAUCUACUCAGACAGGACCUUCGCACCUUUGCCAGAGUUUGAGCAGGAAGAGGAUGAUGGUGAGGUAACUGAGGACUCUGAUGAAGACUUUAUACAGCCCCGCAGGAAACGCCUAAAGUCAGAUGAGAGACCAGUACAUAUAAAGUAAAAUGACAUGAACUUAAAUAAUUGUUUAAAAAAAAAAAAGAAAGAGAGAAAAAAAACCCUUUUAUUUAAGUGUUGCUGGAAUAUCCUGCCUACAGUGGGCACCUCCUUGAAGAAGCUGAUAGCUUUUACACAGUAUUAGAUUGAAGUAAUGGACAGAAGUCACUUCUUGUCAAGAAAGGGGGAGAGAACUCUAUUUGCAACUUUAAAAGUAAAAACAAAAAGCAAAAGUGAAAUGAUUUGAAGAUUUCUGUUACUAAAGAGGAUGGUUCUUUAGAAUGGCAGAUGUUGGUGAUCAUGUGGUAUUGAUUGGUUCAGGAUGCUGGGUGUAUAAGUAAAUACUUGAGGGUCAUGUCGCUUGAUAAAUUGUCUCUUUGGACAAGAGUGCACAGCUGUUAAAAACAACUUUCAUGCCUCCCCUUCCACACACAUACAUACUGGUUUGUUUUCUAGGUAAAAUCAAAGUUGCUCAGAUUCCACUUUGAUGUCAGUGCAGAUGUGCAUUGAAUCAUGCCAUUAUAUUUUUUCUUACUUUGAUGCUGUUGGGCCUUUUAGUUUUUAUAUUGGCUUAAAGAACUCAACGGUAGUUUUAUUUUCUAUUUAUACCUAGAGUCUAGGAAACAUCAUUGAUCAUCAUUUAAUCAAUUUUAAUGGUCUGCUGAAAUAAAUAUGGUAACUUUUCAGUGGCAGAUCAUAUAGUAAUCAUUUCCAGAAAAACACUUCCACAGAAUUGCACUUCCCAGUCAGAUCAUCUGAUCAUACAGUUACUCCCAUCAAAGGCAGAAUGUUUGUUUCAAAAUUAAUCUAUAGUUUUCUGUACAUUUAAAUUUGAUUGAGAAGGUGACAACUGGCUCUUAUCCAGUCUUCCUUCAUGUCAGUUUUCUGAUAGACCACUAUUGGCAAACAGUAAUCUGUCAACUACCAAAUGUGUAAAAUUUCUGUAUUUCACUUUGUCUUAUUUGUAAAUAGUGAACUAAAACUUCUGGCAGAUCAGCAACAUUUGCUGAGCCUGUUUUUUAAGCUAAUGUGUAUUCUUACUAAUGUUCCUAUCAAGAAUGGAUUUGUAAUAUAUGCUGUCUAUUUCUAAUGUUCACAUUCAUAUUUUGAGGUUCUAUCUUAUUUUAAUAGAGAACAGACUUCUCAGAAAAUCUUCAGAAGCAGCUUAUUAUUAAAUAUCAAACUAUUGAAAUAAACCCGGUGGGGUUAGAUUACUCAUCUGUCCACCAAGUGGGACAUUUGCAUGGACUGGGGCUUAACGGACUUAGAAGAGGCCUGUAAGUAAAUCCUGAAAAUGAGCCAAUCCCCACUUGAAUGGUUACUGGAGUAAACCCACCUUUACUACCCUGAGUUCAGCCCCUGAGGCAGAUAAACCACCUUGGCUUGGUUUCAUUUUUUUUCUCUUCAUUUGUGAUGCUCAGAUCCAAGAUGUGUGUUCUAGACCGUGUACAGGCUUCUCUUUUGUUGGAUUAAAAAAUUUAGUCCUACUUUUGUAUGGACACCUUAGAAUAUAAAGUGACCAAAAUAGAAGACUUGCCAUUAGAUAUUUUUCAGACGUCAGCAGAUUUGUGGCAAAUCAUUUGCCUUUUUAAAACUUCAGCUUCUGCAGUUCAGACAGUAGACUACUCAGUAAAAAUUAUUUGACAUAAUUGUCUAAGAGGUAAAUAUUUUUUAGUGCAUAUUGAAUCAAAUAAAGUGCUCUAAAGAAAUUAUUAUACAAAUUCCUUUGGGUUGUUUUUCUUUUCUUAAGUGUUGGGGGUAAACAUGAAUAUUAUUCAGGCCUUCUGAUGGUGUAUGUAAGUGGUGUUGAUUUUAUUACUGCUGUUGACUGACUUCAUUCUGUGGCUUCCUUCUAGCUUCUCUUUCAGUUUUGUUGUAAGUUCAGCUUUAAAAUUUACACCGAACUGUUCUAUCAUUUUACUCAAAUUUUCAGGUACCUAAGAAGAGUUUUCUUAUAAGAGGGAGAGAAUCGUUUUAAAAUGCUUUAUUUAUGUGCAUUUCUCUCUUUCCCACAACUGUUAUGAUUUCAGUUUAUCAGAUGUAUCUAAGGGCACAUUUUUGGAAAGUGAUGAGUAGCAGUAUAACUUCUUUUGUCAAGCCAUUGAUUUCUAAUAUUUUAUACUUGCUCUUCAGAUGAAUUCUUUUCAUGAUUCUUAGAUAAAUCUUUUAUAUAGGUUCUACCAAUGGGGGAGAAACUAAAUUUUAAGUAAAUAUUUCUUGAUAUUUGGGGCCUUAAAAGAUAAUGUGUUCCCUUAAAGAUAUUUCCAUGUUAGGUGUAAUUUUUUUUUUUCUUUUAAGAUUGGUUUUUGAAAAGCCACUUUAUUGUCAACAUUUAAUAGGCUCCAUUUCUGUUAACAGAAGACAAUUCAUAUUACUGAGGAUUUACUAUUAAGUAAAUAGCUAUCAACAAACCACCCUUAAAUGAAGAUUUAGAUUUCAUUGAAGCUUUUUUCUUGUACACUGAUCACUGUGUUCCUAAGCUGAUAAUCAGUUCAGCCACUAUCUAAUAUAACCGUUAGAAAGUAUAAAAGCUCAAAUUGAUACUCAGAUGUCAUGUUUUUCUAUUUUAUGUUUCAAAAAAGCAAACAUUGAAUAUCAAUUCCUGAAGGCAAUUUACUCUUUGUUAAAAGGCAGUAUUUUAGAUUUGGAGGUGUUAAGUGUUUCCUUAAAAACGUGCAAAGUUUUGCAAUACUUCAGUUCCCAUCUCCCAUCAGAACACUGUUCCUCAGUCUGUUCUGCUGGCCUGAAUUUGUAUUUUUUUUAGCACUUGGCUCAGCUGAUGGAGUAAAGGAACUGUUUUGCAAGGUGAAGCAUGUGCGUGUUCCAAAGUAUGGUUAGAUUGUAGGUCAUGCUCUAUAUAGAAACAUCAAAUCAUUACCACAGAGAGAUGAUAAGGCAUUGGAUCCCCUGUUGAAAUUAUUCUUUUUGGAAUCAACAAGGUACUUUCUGACUUCUAUGUCUUAUAUAAAGGAAUUUUAAAUAAUAUAAAGUCAGUUAAUUCUCACUUUUUGUUGGAACAAGUUUUUGAGAUUUUUAGUUAAUCCAAAGAAAUAAUGCUUUUAAGUAGAAGCAAAAGGUUAAUAGUGUGCAAAUUGUAGGUUUACCAAUUACCUCAGCAGGUAUCCUGCCAUGUAAUUAUUAGUAAUUAGUGUUAAUAAGCCAGUAGAUUUAGGUCUUCUGACUGUGCCCUUGGAUUUUGGCCUACCAUAUGUUACUCAGCAAUCUCUUAGUAUCCAAAAUGGGAGUAGAUGCUGUGGCCCCCUCUCCCUUGGCCUUUUUAAGUCCCUUACCCAUUCCCACUCACAACACAGGAAGUAUAAAGAUCUCAUUUCUUAUUGAAGUCAACACUGCUUAUUUGCAUACUCAGCAUUGGAUCGGUGAGUAGUUUUGUAAAAUCCACCCACCCCAACUCCCCUAAUUAAAACAAUCAGAUUCUUAAUUCAUACCAUCUGUAUUAUUAAUCUGCUAAAGAUGAUCCAAGGUUUUCAAGGUGUAUCAGUUUGAUCUUGAACUGAACCUGGAUGCUUUCUUUUAGUUUUCUCACAGUUCUCUCCUCCUUGAUAAAGCAAUAACACUGCUUUAGGUCUGUUGCCUAAUAGGCACGUCAUAGUCCUCUCCCGGAUGAUUUUAUAGGAAAGUUUGUAUGCAUAUCACCCAGUCUAUCUUUUAAAAAAUAAGAAAUUUAAAUGUAUGCUGGAGCUUAUGACAAUAUAUUGUGGCAUUUUAUUUUAAAAAUUGGGGAAAGUUGCAUAUUUUUUUAAAAGUAGGUAUUUGAGUAAAAAAAAUUGAAGGUACUUUUUUAAGAAAAAAAUUUAUAUGCCACAGUUUACAUAGACAUUUCAGAUUUCAACAUGUACUCUUGGAUAUAAUGGUUUCUUUUACUUGGCCAAAAUGCAUGUAAAGCAUAUCUUCCAUCUUAGUUCCUUGUGUUUGCCUUCGUGGUCUUUUAUAUAUUUUUUAUUGUAUCUGAGAAAGUUAUCUUCAAAAAUAACUCAAUUUGGAUAUAUUUGUCAUAAUCAUACUACAAAAUGUACAAAAUUAAGUUUAGCCCUUUUCUAGCAAGUAAUCUUUAAAGUCAAAAAUGCACCGAAUUUGUAUGUGGGAAGGCACUCAAAUGAUUUUGUAGGUGCCACUGCAAUAUUCCCUUUCAGGUGUGGCCUAAAUUUCAGUCUUAAGAAGAAAGUGCUUGUCUGCUCCUGGUCUGAAAAAUGUAGGCAUUUACUAUGUUUUAAAUCACAGUGAAACAUGUAUAUAAGCCUAUAAAAACGGUAUGUGCAAUCUGAAAGCCUGUUAAUUUUCUAUGUAGACAUACACACGAAAGGGUUAAAUUCACAGCCUUACUAGUUCCUUGCUUCCAGUAUUUCAACUGGUCUCCUCCCCUCAUUAUUAUUAUUAUUAUUAUUAUUAUUAUUACUACUACUACUACUACUACAACUACUAUUAUUUUUGCACAUAAUUAACUACCCUUCAAUAUGAUUCUUAAAGAAAAAGUGCUGUUUCUGUGGUAUUGUAUUCUCUAAAUCAUAUUUAAUUUUUUAAAACAAGGUUGCAGUUUCUAAUUGUUCCGUUCCUGUGUUUUUUGCUGGUGUGUAUUAAAAGCAAGAUUUUCUUUUUCAUGGUUAUUUAAUACAUUAGCUGCCUGUAAAUAUUUCUUGUUAUAAUGCUCUGGAAUGUGUUGUAGAAGUUGUAUUAGAUUAGUUUAAAGCCUUGUUUGAAAGCCACAUUGUUUUGGUUAUUUCUAUUAAAUUAGAAAAUUGAAAAAGUUUGCAAA